AUGUCCCCGUCGGAUAGCUUCACGAUUGAUGUGCCCGCGGGCGCCCUCAGCUCUGUCACAAAUGGCGCUGUAAACUCAAUCAAGUCGCCCACCGCCAUCAAAACCCAGAGGGCCGCGAGCUUCAGCCGGGAAGGUAUUCUCGGUGCCGCGCAGAAAGCUCGCAACCUCUCUCAACCAAACGAUACCCGGUCCGAUAGUUUGCUUGGGGGAAACCACAAGGGCCAACAGUCCGACGAUGGAUCAAGCUCUAACCCUCUCAAGAGGCGCAAUCCAGACUCUACCCCAGACUAUCCGAGAAGGAGGGCUACUAUUGCCUGCGAGGUGUGCCGGUCGCGAAAGUCUCGUUGUGAUGGAACGAAGCCCAAGUGCAAGCUUUGCACCGAACUCGGCGCCGAGUGUAUCUAUCGAGAGCCCGGAAUCAAGCUCGAUGCUGGCGAUAAACUAAUCCUAGAGCGCCUCAGUCGGAUCGAGAAUUUGCUGCAGAUGAACAUGGUCAGCAACCAGGGGAACGGAGGUAUCAACAUCUCGCAUGAUUCGCCCUCGAUGAGCAAUGGUACGGCUUUGAGCGGCGGCGAGAACCUUAUGGUCGGUAGCGCGGCGAACAACUUUGUAUCCAUCAUUCCCAACGGUGGACUUGGAACAUGGACGAGCCCCACCAACAUCUCUACGAUGCCAAAGGUGCAUACAAACGCCGCCCUUCACCUUCUUCAGUGGCCUUUGAUUCGCGAUCUGGUCUCCCGGCCUUACGACCCCCAAAUUCUCCUACAGCUUGAAAUGGCGCGAGAACCACUUCAUUCGCUCACGAAGACGCCCUGCGUCGACUUGUCAAAUACUCAGGCCUACAUUGAAGCGUAUUUUGAGCGGGUGAACGUCUGGUACGCCUGCGUGAACCCCUUCACGUGGAGGAGCCAUUACAGAACCGCCCUCUCAAACGGUUUCAGAGAGGGCCCGGAGAGUUGCAUUGUUCUCUUGGUGCUAGCGCUCGGCCAGGCAAGCUUGCGGGGCAGCAUCUCGCGCAUCGUUCCCCAAGAGGACCCUCCCGGCCUCCAGUAUUUCACCGCUGCUUGGGCUCUGCUCCCCGGUAUGAUGACUUCAAACCACGUUCUCGCCGCCCAAUGUCAUCUCUUAGCGGCUGCCUACCUCUUCUACCUGUUGCUCCUCAUGUCCCCCAACCGUGUGCCUCCGCAGCAGCGUGAGCUAACGGAGCGCAUUUACUGGAACGCCCUGCUCUUUGAAAGCGACCUCCUGGCCGAACUCGACCUUCCCCACUCUGGCGUCGUGCAGUUUGAAGAGAACGUUGGUUUGCCUGGAGGCUUCGAGGGAGAGGAUAGCCAGGAAGCGGUCGGCCGCGAUGACCUUUGGUAUUUCCUGGCCGAAAUCGCCCUCCGACGGCUUUUGAACCGCGUCAGCCAGCUCAUCUAUUCCAAGGAUUCCAUGGCCUCGACGACGAGUCUGGAACCGGUCGUCGCUGAGCUGGACUACCAACUGACCCAGUGGUAUGAAUCGCUACCCAUGCCUUUGCAGUUCCCGUUUGCCCGCACUAUGCUCGUGGACCCGGUACAGACGGUGUUGCGAUUCAGAUUCUUCGCCUGCCGAACCAUCAUUUACCGACCAUACAUCUUGGCGGUCCUCGAUAACGAAAACGCCGUUUUGGAUCCUUCGGUGCGGGAGAGCUGUCACAAAUGCCUCGAAGCGGCAAUCCGGCAGUUAGAGCAUAUCCAGGCACAUCACGCCGGCCACAUGCCCUAUCUUUGGCAGGGAGCUUUGUCGAUUGUUUCGCAGACACUGCUUGUCAUGGGUGCUACUAUGUCACCGUCCCUCAUGAGCAUUCUCCUCACGCUCGUCCACAGUCGUGAGACGAUUGAUCACAUCAUCAACGAGGUGGUUAUGGAAAUUGAACGAUAUUCGAUGCUGGCGCCUAGCCUUAGUCUGGCGGCUGAGAUUAUCAAAGAGGCCGAGGUUCGAAGGCGCGCUUUCCUCAAUGCCUAA